GGGGUGGUCCCAGGUUUCAGAUCGCCUAGUACCUCCGCGGUCGCGACACGAGAAUAUUAUUCAUGCUCUAAACGCUAAUUAACUAUAAAACAUUUAUUGCAACUCCCCUUAGCGUUAACGGACAUAGUGACACGUUUAAAUUAUAGUGGACAUUGAUCUGUUUUAGUGUUGUGAUCGGUUACUUCGAAUGAUAUUGCGUCGUAUCCACCAUUAAGUAAGAAGGGUGCCUGCUUCGAAGUGUAGGCGAGCCAUGCUGCAGCGUCUGAGAGUCAUAGCUCGCGCGGACUCCGCGCAGGUCACCUAAAUGCGAUCCUCUCGCGCUCUGGCUGACGCCGUCACCAUGCCGGCUCCGCUUGCCGUCCACUUAAUCUUUUUCGCAAUUUUCUGGCUAUGCACGAACGCUGAUGACACGGUACCAGCUGCGACGCGGCCUAGCAAUGGGACGGUGGAGCCGCCGGACACUCGCUCCGCCAUUGGCAGAGUUCCACCUUACCAGCCACCAGCUAUAGGCAUGGCCGGCAUGCAAGUUCCCGGCUUCCGACCACACAGCCCUUACACACGAGUCGACGCCUGGCAUCCUAAUGGUCGUAUACACGUCAAUCCAAAAGGAUCGUAUGUCGUCGCUGAUGAUAUAGACGACGACGCAGAUGAUGGCGGAUGUCUUAUACCUUGUUCUAAAGAAUUUUUCACGUGCCAGGAAACAUGCAAAUGCAUACCAAUGGAAAAACGCUGCGAUGGCAAAGUAGAUUGCGAGGGAUCAGAAGAUGAAGUAGGAUGCACACCAUCUUGCGACGAACACGAAAACCGUACGAUUUGCCACACUACUAGCGUGUGUAUCGCUCUUGAAUGGAUCUGCGAUGGAGACAACGACUGUGGAGACUUCUCUGAUGAAUCUCAAUGUGGAGGAGACAAUUGUUCAUCGAAACAGUUCCAGUGCGCCAAUGGACUUUGUAUCCACUCGGACUGGCUCUGCGACGGUGAUAACGACUGUCGAGAUAACUCUGACGAAACUAACUGUCCUAAGGCCAAAUGUCGAGCUAAUCAGUUCACGUGUGCAUCCGGUGAAUGUCUAGCGAUUCAUUGGCGAUGCGACAAAGAGGCAGACUGUCCUGAUAAUUCAGAUGAAGCUGAUUGUCCAAUGGAUCUCCUCCAAUGUGGUGAAAAUGAAAUACAAUGCAAUAACAAGAACUGCGUGCGUAAAGAUUUCCAAUGUGAUGGAGACAAUGACUGCGGUGAUUGGACUGACGAGGACUCCUGUCCCAUUGUACCUGGAAGUUGCAGUUCAGCUGAAUUUAGAUGCAAUGAUGGCAAGUGCAUCCCAGACCGCUGGCGCUGUGACUUGGAGCGAGACUGCCCAGAGGGUGAUGACGAGAUCAACUGUGAGCCGCACGGAAUACGUAACUGCACCACCGAUGAGCACGCCUGUGUAGACCGACGCUGCAUAUCAAAAACCUGGCUCUGUGACGGCGUUCGUGAUUGUUCUAACGGUGAAGACGAAAAAGAUUGUCAAGUGUUCUGUGAAGAGGACCAGUACAUGUGCAAAUCUAUAUUCAGCGACGCGUUCAGAAACUGCGUUAAUAGAAAACAUGUUUGCGACGGUAUGAAUGAUUGCCCUCAAGGUGAUGAUGAACAAAAAUGCCCCACGAAGAGGCAAUGUGGUCCUGAAGACUUGUGUGAGAAACAAUGUAUCACCACGUUUGAUGGGUCCCCGAGCUGCGCUUGCCCUAUAGGAUACGUAUUGGAACAAGAUGGUAUCAGCUGUCGAGAUGUGGACGAAUGUAUGUACGAACAAGACCCAGUCUGCUCGCAGACAUGUUCCAACGUUCCGGGGAGUUUUCAUUGUGGUUGCAUGACGGGGUACGUCCUUAGGCCAGACAAAAGAUCCUGUAAAGCUACUGGGCAGUCACCCACGCUUUUGUUUUCUAACCGAGUUGGAAUUCGGCAGGUCUGGCUUACUGGAGAUAACUACAUGUCAAUUUUCAAGGGACUGCAUAAUGCAGUGGCUUUAGACUAUCAUUAUGAAAAGAAAUUAGUGUUCUGGUCUGAAAAUAAUAUGAAGGUCAUACGUGUGGCUCAUAUGAAUAGUAACAACAUGUCAGAUGUAAUUCGUUGGGGAUUGGAAGCACCAGGAGGCGUAGCUGUGGACUGGAUUCACGAUCUCUUAUUCUGGACGGACUCUGGAACGCGAAGAGUGGAAGUGGCAACCUUAGACGGAUCACAAAGAGCUGUGUUAGCUGCUAGCGAUGUUGAUAAGCCAAGAGCUAUUGUUGUUCAUCCAGGAGAUGCGAUUAUAUUUUGGACCGAUUGGGGUCCAAAUCCGAAGAUAGAACGUUCCGAUAUGGACGGAAGCAACAGAAAAACAGUUAUAGUAAAUGAAAUAUUUUGGCCCAACGGCUUGACCAUUGAUUACAUGGAUUCUAAGAUAUACUGGGCUGAUGCUAAGCAUCAUAUUAUCGAGAGAGCUACGUUCGACGGUCGCGAAAGAAAACGAGUUGCGAGCAAAGGAUUACCACACCCUUUUGCCCUAACACUAUUCGAAGACGCGAUUUAUUGGACUGACUGGCAUACGAAGAGUAUAUCAACCGUGAACAAGAAAACUGGUAUGGCAAUGCAAUCUGUCCAUGCAAGUUUGCAUAUGCCUAUGGAUAUAAAAAGCUAUCACCCAUUACGCCAAAUUCAAACUUACAAGAAUCGAUGUGGAUCUAACAAUGGCGGGUGCACACAUCUAUGCCUUCCCAAUUCCAACGGGUACACCUGCCGAUGUCAUAUUGGGUUCAACUUGAACAUUGACGGACGAACAUGUGAAGAAACACCAGAAAAGCUGCUACUCUACGCGCGACGUAAGGACAUAAGAUUAAAGCAAUUGCAUCCUCGUAAACAAAUGGAUUCUUUGGACAUGGUUAUUCCUGUGCAAAAUAUUAAAUCGGCCGUCGCACUCGAUUGGGAUCACAAUAGCAAUUCGAUAUUUUGGACGGAUGUCGAAAAAGAUACGAUUAAUAGAGCUUACUUGAACGGAUCUCAACAAAUUAUCGUUAUUGGUUCUAAUUUGAUUUCGCCUGCCGGACUUGCUUACGAUUGGUUAACCAACAAACUGUACUGGACUGAUGCUGGUACUAACAGGAUCGAGGUAGCUAAUACUAAUGGCACAAUGAGGACUUUGUUGGCUUGGGAAAAUAUUGAUAAACCCAGAGACAUUGUACUAGACCCUAAAGGGGGCAUAAUGUACUGGUCAGACUGGGGUUCCGAACCGUGUAUUGAACGCGCUGACAUGGAUGGAGGAAACAGAAGGAAGCUUAUCUUCGGUAAUAUGACUUGGCCGAACGGCCUGGCAUUGGAUUUAACCAACAAUCGCAUCUAUUGGACAGACGGUGGCAACCGGACUAUUGAGUACGCCAAUCUUGACGGAACUGGUCGAACUGUUUUGAUUGGACAACAUCUACCGCAUCCAUUUGGACUAGAUUUAUAUGGCGAUGAAGUUUUUUGGACCGAUUGGGAUACGCAAUCUAUUCAAGCGGCAAACAAAUUUACUGGAAAAAAUCGACGUACACUCGGCGCUGGAGUUGAGGGACUUAUGGAUGUGAGAGUAUUUCACAAGGAAAGACGAGGGGGAGUAAAUAGGUGCAGCAAGAACAACGGUGGAUGCUCUCACCUGUGUCUUCUAAAGCCGGAAGGACGAUCAUGCGCAUGCCCCAUUGGAAUAAGAUUAAGUAAGGACGGAAGAACAUGCACCAACGGACCCAUAAAUUUUUUGAUAUUUGCUCAUCGCGUAGACAUAAGAAUUGUAUCAUUGGACGUGCCAUAUCUUGUUGAUGUUGUUCUUCCAUUACCACCUCUAAAGAAUGCACUUGGUGUGGAUGUGGAUCAAAGAACGGGUCUCAUUUAUUGGACUGAUACUGGGGAGCGGAAAAUCAAGUGUGCUAAUAAAGAUGGUAUGGAAAAUGAAACGAUAAUAGAAAGAGGUCUUCAUACUGCUGAUGGUAUUGCUAUUGACUCUGCAGGAAGAAAGAUUUAUUGGACUGACGGUGGACGCAAUAGCAUUGAAGUAGCAGAACUUGAUGGAAUGAAUAGAAAAGUUUUGGUCUGGACUGGAUUAGAUUCCCCUAGAGCCAUAGCGUUGCAUUAUGAAUAUGGCUAUAUGUUUUGGUCUGAUUGGGGAACAUCAGCGAAAAUUGAGAGAGCUGACAUGGAUGGCAAAAAUAGGAAAAUCAUCGUGGAUACUGACAUUAAAUGGCCAAAUGGACUCGCAAUUGACAGGAUCGAAGGUCGCCUUUACUGGAAUGAUGCAAAAGUCUUAACCAUUGAAAGUUCUGACUUUAAUGGUCACGAUCGCCGUACGCUUCUAAGUCAAGUUCCUUAUCCCUAUGGUAUUGUAAUAGUUGGUCAACAUAUUUAUUGGACUGAUUGGAAAACCAAAUCUCUUCAUAGAGCAGAUAAGUCAAAUGGUCAGGAGCAGUUGACGAUACGGGAAAAUCUCGAAGGGCUUAUGGACAUACGAGCUAUUCAGGGAGAUCAUAUUUUAGAAAACGCGUGUGGAACAAACAAUGGUGGGUGUUCCCAUCUCUGCUUACGAUCACCUCAAGGAUUUACUUGCGCUUGUCCUACAGGCCUAUCAUUUGAAAACGAAACAGAGUAUAAUCCAAAAAUCUGUAAAAAACACCCAGAAAAUUUCUUAGUUUUCGCUGCUAGAGGAAGCAUUGCAAUGAUUUCCUUAGACACCCCAGAGCAGUGGGACGUUACACUUCCAGUAAAACAUAUCCAGAACUCAGUUGCAGUCGACUAUCAUUGGGAGAAAAAAAUUGUAUUCUUUACUGAUGUAAAUAAAAAUGUUAUCAGGUCUAUCAGUAUGGAAGAUAUGAGAGAGUCUAAGGAAGUUAUAGAUACAGGAAUCGAUACACCAAAUGGUCUUGCCGUGGACUGGAUUGCUAAUAAUAUUUACUGGUCGGAUAAUGAAUAUAAGGUUAUUGAAGUUGCAAGGAUUGAUGGUUCGUCGAGGAAAACGUUGAUACCUGGAUUAACUGAGCCUAGAGCAAUCGCGGUAUUUCCAGCAAAGGGGUAUUUGUAUUGGAGUGAUUGGGGUGAAAGUCCUAACAUUGAAAGAUCGGUUUUGGACGGCAGCCAAAGAAAAGUACUUGUGGAUCACGACCUGGGCUUCCCAAAUGGCAUUACUAUAGACUAUAAAGAAAGAAGGUUGUAUUGGACUGAUGCUUUAAAAGAUAGAAUUGAUACAUCCGAUUUGAAUGGUCAACAUAGGGUGCAGUUAGUUCCAGAAGCUAAAAAUCCUUUUGGAAUGACUCAAUUUAAUGAAUACAUAUACUGGACUGAUUGGUAUAAGAAGUCAAUUAUGAGAGCUGACAAGCGAACAGGUAAGAACGUGACUUCAAUACGAACUGAUUUGGAAAUGGUAAUGGAAAUUAAAGCGGUGUCGUCGGAAAAACAACACGGUUGGAAUCCCUGCAAGGAAGACAAUGGUGGAUGUUCACAUCUUUGCUUGUUUAGAGGUCACGACUAUGUAUGUGCUUGUCCAGAUGCAUUUGGAGAAAAAACUUGCUCAACUGCACCAAAACUUCGCGUAGGUUUGCGAAUGCCAUCUCAUUAUCCAGCAUUCUACGACUAUGCUGAUGUUGAGGUCAACAACAAUUUAGCGCCGACUCCUACCGCCGCUCCUAAAACUAAUAUCGGAGCUAUUAUCAUCGGACUGGCAACAACUGCUUUUAUUAUCAUUCUCAUAGCGGUCGCUGCUAUUGUGUGCGUUAAAAUGCGUAAGGAUCGUGGAGGUGAGCUGAAAGAAAACUACAGGGAAUCGAGCGGUCAUAUUUCCUUCCACAAUCCCAACUAUAGCUGCUCAACCACAGGGGAACCCGUAGAGCGGAGGCAGAACCGCUUUCAGGGAAUAUUCAAAUACGACAAAAGCCAGGGUCGCGUAACCAAUGUUUACAUGCCAGAGGGGACAAGCUUACUACCACCACCCCCUCCGCCCCCGCACCGUUUGCCCCCCAGACCAGCGAGCGACGACUUUGAACCCGUCACUUUACAUCCUUUCACUUAAAUACCAAUAUGACAUGACAAUUAACUAAUUACCUGUAAUACGAUUUCAUUAGAAAACGUGAAACUGUCAAAAGUUGUUAAAUACGAGUCUCGCCUCGCGUUAUCAGCUUUGCUACUCUAUAUCAUAAUUGAAUCACGUUUUCAAAUAUUAAUCGAAUUAGUACUGGUAGCUAGCGGUAGACGUCAGCAUACCUUUGUAGAGUAGAUGUACCGUCUACUAUUGUUAAAAUACAAACAACACUGUUAGAUAACAUUAAGCUCCGUUACAAUACAACCAUCGAAUAUGCUACAACUAGCUAAGAGUAUUAAGGUAUAUCAAUAUUACCACUUCUUAUAUCAUGAAAGAGGGAUAAAAACAUUAAUUGUUGAGAUUUUGACAUUCUUACCGCCAGAUUCUGAAAUCGUGUAGAAGUUUUGAUUGGCCAAUUUGAUUGAAUACUGAACGCUCAUUGGUCGUCUAUUACGUCAUCGACUGACACCGGCCAAUCAACAUUCAGUUUAGAGUCAAAUUAGUGAUCUAACUUUGAUCAGCUUUUCAAAAACUGGGGGUUAAUAUGCCUACAAAUAUAGGCAUAUAAAUAUUUUUUCAUAUAAUCAUCUUCGGGGUACAAUCCUGCGAAAAGAUAAUUAUAUGAAUAGAUUUGUAAUAAAUUAUAAGAUAUAUCAUUAAUAAUAGCUAAAAUGGUAAUGAUACGAAAUAACAACUUUUAAUAUUUUGGAAUAUAUAUAAAUAAAGUCAUUAUUAAGUCAAUUCACAGAAGUAAAAUAUCUUGCAAUACAAUAUGCGAUUUAUACUUCAUCUGAUUUAGCAACUAAAUAUUACCAGAAUAAAUUAUAAUGAGAUGAAUUGCAUUUAUAUUAUGACAACAAUUAAGCGUAUCAGUGCAUAAGUUUGCUAUACCCACGCAAUUAUUACGAUCAUAGUGUAGUUAAGACUACCGCCCAUGUGUAUAUACAUAUAUAUCGAAACAUGCUGCUGAAGAAAUCAGUUAGACAUAACAUUAUGUGUCUCCUAAUCCACCUAAGCAGAUAUGGACUGCUAGAUUCCGCUUUCAAUGUUUAAAAUGAUAAAUAUAACUAAAAAUAAUACAGUACUCAUUCACGAUAGUCAAAGAUAAAAUUAAAAUAGAUAUAAGGAAAUCUUCGUAUUAUUUUUGUAUAUGUCGACUUUAAUUCGCUUCCCCUGGCUCACGGGAAAGGAUCGAAGACGACAGUUGUUAGAACACCGUGUUAUAAUCUCUAUAUAUAACAAUUAGGGUUGUAGGUUUAAGGGGUUUGAGAUGACCGACAAUUGUUUUACGUCAGGUUUCGCAUGUACGGUGUCCCCCACAUCUUUCCUCCUGUCAAUAAAUGGUCACUUUUCAUAUUCAAAUGACAUGGUUUAGUUCCAUAUUUUAUAUAUAAAAAGAAUUAUAUAUUAGAUUUAAUUCACCACGAUAAUAUGGUGACAAUAAGAUUACAAUGUAAAUAAUUAGUUCUAAUCAUGACUUUUUGUCUAACCGGUUUGUAAAUAAUAGUUUAUUUUUAUCACGUUAAAGUGAAUAUUAAUUUAUUUCGACUUAAAAUGGUAAGCUGGAGGGCUGCCACUAAUUUGUAUAAUCCGUUUCUAAUUAAUUUGUACAAAUAAAAAAAGUUGUGCCAUGUAGUAUUUUAAAUAAUUGAAGUCUUUUCUACUUUUAAUAAUUGCAUUUUGGUGAUUAUUAUUACAUGUGAAAAUGCGGCUUAAAAUCUUAUUUUGUAUUUAAUUACCUUUGUACAAAUUCUAUUGAAAAGGAUUAUACAUCUCAUAUCAACACGUUUUCUUUAUUAGAAUAAUUAGAAUUGUAUAUGAAAUCAUUUGACGUUACUAAAUGUGAUUGCUUUAAUAUUGAUAUAAAAAUCAGAUGCCAGCAAAAAUAUAUUAUAUUUGUUUUAAGGAAUACUUUUUGAAUUUCACAAUAAUCAUUGUCGUUAUUACGCGGCGCUCAUUACACAGGGUGUUUUAAUCUAAGGUAGAGUUAGGACGGGAGUCAACAGGUACAGUGGCCCGAGUGUAUGAUUUACGCACAUUUAAUGUAAUUUUAAUUUUAACGAAUGAACAAUUGUUGGUUCACAAAAACAUGAGGAAAUUGUCACUUAAGUAGCAAUUAUGCAACGUUUGAUCGAAGACCAAUAAUAAUUGACCUUUGAAAUUAAUUUUGGUAGUAGGCAACCCGAAAACCUAACUUUUUAUAUAUCAAGUACUAUUCCAUAAAAGAAAUGCCGCGUCAACGUGAAUAGUCGCUAUUUAUUUUAAGGUUACACAAAUAUUCCUUUUUAGAUUCUCAGCGUAUACUUACACUCGGGGUACAGAUUACAAACUAUACCAAUUAUUUGAAAUCUGCGGAAACCUUAUGUUACAUAUUUCCUUACUCUUUUUGUGAAAUUGUUUUUUAUUUUUUUUUAAUUUAGCCAUUUAAUUUGCCAGUAAUACUUUAGAUCUAAGAAAUAGAUAUAAACUAUAAUUAUUUAGUUAAAAAUUAACAGAAACGUUUGAAGUUUAAAAAUAGAAAUAUUGUUUUUUGUACUUCAACAGAAUGUUCUUAAUAAUAAUAAUUUAUAUAAGAAUACGUAUAUAUAUAUAUAUAUAUAUAUAUAUAAUUAUGUGAGAAUUAAAUUCUCUUCUAAGUAGUUCAUUUAAAAAUGGUAUUACUUGACUGGAAGCAAAUGUAACUAUCAUUAGUAUGACUAAAACUGAAACAAAAAAACUUCAUCCUAUUUACUCUGUUAUAUAUUUUGUUAUUUAUUCAAAGUUUAUAAAUGUGAUGUGUGUCAUUGAUUUACUGAUGAUUUCGGAAAUGCUCUAGUUUUUUUUAUGAGUUCUUGGUACUUACAUAUGUAUACAUAUCUAAAUAUACAAAAAUGUAUACAUAUGUAUAUAUCAGGUAUUUCAAGAGAAAAUGACGGUGAACAGCUCAGCGUGUGUCAGGUAGCCAUUAAUUAUGUUAUGAAGUUCAUAAUCUUAUUAGCCAACUGUCUCAAGUGUGAAUGUUGCAGAAGUACAUGAUGAUUUAAAUCUGCAGACCUCACAAAGCCUAUAAUACAACGACUACAUUCCUUAUGCUUUAUAAUUCGCAAAUUGCAAUAAAAUUGUUUUUAUAUUAUAACAUAUACGUAGUGUACCAAUUAGAAUGAUUUCCACGAAAUUAACAGCUGUGGGUAGGUGGCGUAAGGACCUUCGUCGUUUAUCUUGAGUAUUAAGCAUUUCAAUUAAUUUUUAUAUUUAGACAGAUAACACUUUGUUGGGAUAUGGGGUAUGGAUUAUAUUCGCACCCUUGAGCAAAUGGCGCCAUAAUUUAUGGGUAUCUAAUUUUAUAUCGAUAUGGUUUAAUACAAAUAUAUUUAUGUUUUUAAAUCUUUAAUUAAAUAUACAUCCUUUUUAUGGAUGUCCUCAUUUUCUUUGCAAGCGUAGUUAAUAAGGGAAAGAACGUUGAGUGCUGUGAUACAGAUGCUUUGAAGCUAUUGAGUGAAAAAUUAUUACCUGUGAAUUAUUUUUUUCAAUAAAAUAAUUUUAUAAUUAUUUCCUUAUAAUUAGUAUGAAUGUUGCCAGUUAAGGUGCUUAAUGCGCACAUUUUUUUAUUUUUCAUAUUAAAAUGAAAUUCGUACGUUAACUCGUACAUGCCAAAUUUGAAAAAUGUUUUAAUUAUUUUAUAUAAGUAUAAUUUUAAAUUAUAUUAAUAAGGCUAAGAUAAUAAAAACAGUUUUUACACCUGACGCCUCCUUUAAACGAGGUGUUUAAACUGUUAUCUAAUUUAUUAUUGUACUGAAUAUUAAAAUAGAAAUUAUUCGAAUAAA